CACGUGUCGGGGGGGGCGGGCCCGAGCUGUGCCUGCUCGUGGGGGCCUUGCCCUGCGCUGCGCUGGGAGCAGCGGCGGUAGCCACCGGUCUGCAGCUACGGAGCCCGGCGGGGGCCGCCGUCCCGUUCCGCCCUGCCCUGCCUCGCCUCGCCCCCGGGGCGCUUGGUGAAGGGUCAGCGGUCCCUCCUGGCCGGGCCGUGCUCUGCUCGGGAUUUCGCAUCUCUCCUGGCAGCGGGUCGAAGGGAGUUUCGAUGACAUGGGGAGAGGGCAGGGCUGGACACAGGCACGAGCAAACCGGGUGGGCGCCCAGAGCCCGGACAGAAGGGGGGCCCGAAAAUGUUAAUUUUUUCCCCAUUGUUUGAUGAUUAUUAUCAUUAUCUCUGGCAAAGGGAGGCCUGAUACUAAACACUUGCCCAGGGCUGCCAGGAGUGUAGGUAUGGUGCUGGGAGAGGGGCCUGGCAGGCUCCACCAGUGGUUGGUGACCAAGGGCAGCGCAGUUUCACUGGCCCAUAGAAACGUUUCAGGAUGGCACAGACACAUUCUCAGCUCCAUCAGUGGGAGCCUCUGGCUUCCUCGCCCCCAGCAACAUGCCUUGCUAACAGUACUGCAGGGGCUUGUUUUAUGCAUCUUCUUUAGUAUGAAUUUAGGUACUGGGAGGGGUGAAUGCCUGCAGAAGUCCACCCCUCAUCCUCUUCAAAUGUCAUGUUGUGGGCCAGGCCCUUUUGACCACCAAAAAAAUCCUGAAUUUGCCAGUCAGCCCUUCUCUUUGGUGGAGUUUUCCUCCUGUUCAUUCCUUACAAAUCUGAGCUGGUUUUGCUUCCUGUUCCUGUUGGCCUUAGAAGCUGAAUGAACCCUUUCUCUUCCUUUUUUAAUGAAGAAGAACUCGUGCCUGCCAUGGAUUCCAGUUGUGGGUGCGCAGUUUACAAAUCUAAUCUAUGCCAUCUGGAUGCUAGUCUUCAUUCGGAAAUAAGAUGCAUUGGUCUGACUCGUGAUAAUUAAAUUGUUUCCCUUUUACCACCCAUGCAAUCUCUUGUCUUGCAGCAUGGCCACGGGGAAUAGGAAACUAAGAAAACAAUGUUAGCAGAAGCGCAUAUGUUUUCUACUACCCAACUUGAAUGUAUGGUGAAAAAACUGUCUGCCUGUUUGGAGCUGGAGCCUAUUUAUGCUUCUGAAAAGAUGAGUUGAAGACCUGCCAGAUAUUUGACCUUGAGGAAAGAGCAAGCUAUUAUGGGAGCCUGGAAAGGCUGAAGAAUAAUGGCUGCCUUCAACAAACUGAUUAUUGGUAUUGCUGUUACUAGUUUCACCAUUUUCCAACUUCUGUUCCAUGUUUUAAGUGCUUGGGCAUCAGCACGGAUAACUCCUGGUUUUAAUAGUCUUAACCAAAAAAGGAAGAUUGAAUGGAAUUCAAGGACAGUAUCCACGUUCCAUGCCUUGGUGGUUGGUGUGUUUUGUGUAUAUAUUUUAUUGUAUGAUGAAGCUGUUAAUGCAGACCCUAUCUGGGGUGACCCUUCAAUUGUGAAACUGAAUAUUGCUAUUACCACAGGCUACCUCAUUUCUGAUUUGCUGCUUAUUACUUACUAUUGGAAGGCAAUUGGAGACAUUUUUUUUGUAAUUCAUCAUUUGAUGGCUCUAUAUGCUUAUUACUUUGUGCUGGGUGAAGGAUUAUUGGCUUAUUUUGGUAAUUUCCGUCUGCUUGCAGAGUUCUCUACUCCUUUUGUGAAUCAACGGUGGUUCUUUGAAGUACUGGGAUAUCCCAAAUCUUCAAAAGCCAAUAUCAUCAAUGGGGUGCUAAUGACCGUUGUGUUCUUUAUGGUGAGGAUUGCAGUCAUCCCUUUCUAUUAUGGCCGUGUCAUUUCUGCAUUUGGAACAGAGGCUUUCCAGAGACUGGGUCUUGCAGCCCAGAGUGCCUGGAUUAUCUCUAGUGUUGUCUUGGAUGUUAUGAACUUGAUGUGGAUGUUCAAGAUUACAAAGGGAUGCUACAAAGUUAUUUGUCUCAUUGGACAAGAAGAAGCCAAAACUCGUAAAAAUGGAAAAUCUGAGUAAAAAUGCUAUGUGAAAAAACUAAAUCUCUCUCACCCUCUCUCUUUCUCUCUCUCAAAAAAAGAAAAGAAAAGAAAAUUGAGUUAAUAAAAUUCACAUUUUUGCCAUAAAAUGCUCCUUUGAGAAAACAAGAUCUUGCCUCUCUACCGAUAAAAACUUUCCCCUACUACACUGCCUGCACACCCAGAGCCAGUUCUUUUAAGACAGUCUCAUGAAACAGGGAAACAAUGAUAGAGGCAUGAUAAAUGCUGAACAGACAAAUGAACUUAAAAAGAAAUAGGCCAACUGGUUGCUGGGUUUCUCUACCAGUAUGUUCCUAAAUCGUUUCACUCAGGUUUCUCAGAGAAAUGCAUUUUUAAAGCCUGUAAACAUCAGGAUCCCCGUCUCUCUCUUUUUAAAGUUCUGGUGAUGUAGUGCAAGUCUCUUGGCAUGUUCUUAUGCUUUCUUUAUUAAUGUUUGAUGUUAACAAUCAAGACUUGGUCCUUCACAACUUUUUAAUUUUUUUCAAGAAAAGCUACAAGUUUAGCUUUGAUCAUAUGAAAUCUUUUACUGCUUUUCUGCUGCCUUAUAUGCAUGAACACAAUCUUUUGGGGGACUUAUGAAACAGUUUUACAUGUAUACUCAUAUAAUAUAGUGUUUGGGGUAUUUUAAAAACCUGUUAGAAUAUACUGAUAUUGAGGAAUGACUUUUGCUGUGUUUUAUGUACAUCCAGGAGUAUUUAUUUCUGUUAAAUCUGAUCAAAACUCUUUCAUAGGUUAACAAGGUAAACAGUGUAUAGAAACAAAGUAAUUCUCGCUGCAGUGCUCUCUCCACAUGAAGGCUGCUGCUACUUUUAUGAGAGACAUUUCAGUGAUGCUUCUGGACCUUUUGGGGUGUAAACAGUUGAAUUGUAAAGAGAGUUAUGUUUCUGUAUAAGUGGCUGUGUGAUUCAUAGCAAGCCCUGCUUUUUUAUCAGAGCCAACCCCCUGUUUAUAUUGAAACUGAAGUUUUAUCAGUCUUAUUUUUCCUUGUUAUUCAGACAACUGGAAAUGUGAGGUGUUGAGCAAAGAAAGCCCUUCUUCGGAUUAACAAGACUUUUAUCACUUUAUCCAAACAGAAAUUUUUCCUCUGUUCCCUUCCAAACUGUUGAACAAAUCUGUAGAUUGGCAAUUCAUAUCACUGGGGAGAAAGUUUCUGUUUUUAGAGCCACAUAGUUGUCUACAGAUAUUCUGUGUUCUCUUUGAGCACAACACUUUGAGUGAUGUCACUAGGAGAAAUCUGAGCACGUAGGAAGAACAGAGUAUCAAAGAUAUGCUAGUUUGAAAGAAUGGUAUAUUUUCCUCUAUACUAUUGUUGUGGAAUUAUGCAUGUCUUAUGUAUACGUGUGUGGUUUGGUUUUAUUUUUCUUAAACCAGAUCUUCUCUUGGACUAUUUUUUUUCCUUUUGAUUUGUCAUUGCUUGCUAUUUGUGAUGCUGUUUGCUAAUAUGUCAUGCUAAAAAUGUGUGUUUUCAGUUUUAUACAUCUCUAUACCAUUGUUGUAAACUACUUUUAAAAAAAAACAGUUGAUAAAAUCCUUGCCCUGUUGGGAUAUGGAUUUUUUCCUUCCAUCUUCUUUAACAGAAUCUUACAAAACAAACUCUCAUUUUCAGAGGCAGAUGCAAAUGUAUGCCUGUGACGUAAUGUUGGCAUGAAGGGGGAAGCUUUUUAAAACAGAAGGGAGCAGGGGGAGGGGAACCCUUUCCAAGGAGCAGCUGGUACUUAUGACAAACAAGUCUCCACCAGUCCUCAGGAAGAUGCUGCAGACUGUGUUUCACUGCAGUGCAGCCAAGGAAGUUCAGUUCUUGGCCUCAGUUCUUUAUGGUUUGUGUGUUUUGAAUUUGAUUCUCAUUGCUGAAGAUGUAGUUUAAUUAUUUAAUUCAGUCACUUUCUUUCAAAAGUAGGGAAUUAGAGAUAAUAAUUCAGUUCCUCACCUAUACUUAACAGCCCCAUUGCUUUGUGUACAUGAGUAGUUCAGUCCUAGAAAGCAUAGUAACUUUUUGUUUAGCUGUCACUUUUGAAUUGGCAGAGUGCCUUGCCUUGGGUACAAAUAAAUUCAUAUUCUCAGUA